UUCAUUGCCAAAAUUGUCUUUUUGUAUAAUAUAUAAAAAUAGUUCCUAUAUUUUGGAAUAAUAAUAAUAAUAAUUUUUGAAAAAGAAAUCCUAUAUAAUUGAAGCAGAGAGAACAACACAAGUGGCACUCUGUCAUCCAGAAAAUGCUUCGCGUCACCUCUCCUAUGGAAACAAUUGGUUUGGUCACUCCGGCGACAACUGCAGUCAGUAUGGAAUCAAGGUGGUCGUGUAGCUUCAAAUUAACAUCAACAACAACAACAACCACUGCUUUUGUAAACCACACUUUUCCUUUGUCUGUUUCUGUAAAUAAUAAGACAAGAAUGAGCUGCAGUUGCAGAGGGAGAGAUGAUGAUCCUCUGUCCACUUUCUCUGCUUACGGUGUCUUGGGAGUCCAACCCAACUGCUCCGCCGCUGAAAUUAAAGCCGCUUUUCGAGCCAAAGUGAAGCAGUUUCACCCAGACCUCAACAGAGAUGAAAAUGAAACAUCGGAUGUUAUGAUUCGCCGUGUAAUUCAAGCAUACCAGAUACUAUCCAACUACACACCAUCACAAAUUAUUGAAACGGAGUGCUUAGAUCCCUUUGAUAGACCAGAGUGUGAAGCUUUUGAUCUUUUUGUUAAUGAGCUUCUUUGUGUCGGAAAAGCUUGUUCAAAUCCCUGUGUUGAAAGAGCAUCUCAUGCUUUCACAUUUGUCCCUUCUACUGGAACAGCACGUGCGUUUUCUCAAGAUCAAGGGGAAGAUUAUCAAGUUCAGUGUGCUGUUGGACAAUGUCCUAGAAGUUGCAUUCAUUAUGUAACCCCAUCACAGAGAAUUCUUUUGGAGGAAUUACUUCACAGUAUACUGGAUGUACCCUAUGAUACAUCUGCUGAGGCAGAAUUGCUCUAUUCACUUAUAACCAAAGCGAAGUUUGAGAAUAACCGAUACCAAAAGCCAAAGAAGAAAUCCAAAUUUUCAACCCAGCAUGUUGAUUGGUUUUAAAUUUUAAUGUCCCCGUGUAUUCACUCCCCAACCUAUAGAUACAACUCAGAUUGAUGACACAAUCAUGGUUCUCAAUGCUACCAGUAAAAAAGUUAUCAGCUGCUUUUACUUAUACUUAUUAUAGAUAGCACUGAGAUUGGACAAUUUUUGUUUCAUUUUGUCUUGUCUCUUAUUUUAAGGUUUUGCUACGGAUGGCUUGGAAGUGGUGGGGGGUGAGUUCUUGCAGUGGAUGAAUCAAGGGUCCAGAUUCACCAUCUAUGUGAAUGCUUGCUACUGCAGGCAAUCCAAAUCUCGCAAUAUACCAAUUUUCUGUGUAAAUGAUGAAAAACUACAAGUGUGUAUACGAUUUCUAAUUUUAUUGGAACUUAGUGUUGAAGGCUUGAAGCUCAA